CAAGAACAUGUCCCUUGGUCUACCUCAUCAGCGUCAACAGUCGACUCAGCGUCAGACAAUGGCCGAUAUACUGAUAAUCCAGCCUCCUCGCAACGUCGGCAUACAUGGUAGUGUCGUUGGGGUUGACGUUGACGGUUGUAUCGAGUUUCUCCUGCUGAUCGUAUCCACCUGUUAUGUAUGACGCGGUGACACUAUCGAAGAGGAAGUAGUGUGCACUAUCCGCGUACUAUAGCAGUGUAUUGCCCUAGUGUUGCCACUGG